AUGGCAUCAAAGGCACCCAUCUAUCGGCCGCAACCCGCUCAAGCUGUACCUGCGUCGUCGCCACUGGCAGCGCAUCAGUCUACGGUCAAUGGAUUACAACAUGAAGCGCCGACCAGGGAACCAGCUCCAUCGAGCUCAACAGAAGGCUUCUUUCAAACACCUCCCGUGAUACUGAACCAGCUCGAGGACGAUGUGGCCCUUCAGAGAAGUCUCAGCUUGUUCCUACCAAAGUCGAUCAGAGAUGAGAUCGUCCCCGAACUUCACACUUUUGGUGAUAAAGUUCUGUCGAAACCUGUAAUGACACUGAUGGCGGAUGCCGAACACAACCUGCCUUACGUUAAACCUUUCACCGCCUGGGGCAAACGGCAAGAUGAACUCAUCACGUCGGAAGGAUGGCGGGGACUGUCUGCAAUCGGCAUUGAGGAAGGCAUGGUAUCGAUCGGCUACGAGAACCAGUAUGCACAGUACAGCCGGCCAUGGCAGUUCUGUAAGUAUUUGGUCUGGACGGGGAGCUCGUGCUGGGUCACUUGUCCGAGCUUGAUGACCGAUGGAGUCGCUGCUGCCUUGAGAAAGCAUCUGUCUGAUCCCAGCAUUCAAGGACAGUCAAGAAUGGCAAUGACGAAUGCCUACGAGAAGCUGGUCUCAAAGGACCCCGAACUCGCUUGGACGACUGGACAGUGGAUGACUGAGCGCCAGGGCGGAAGCGAUGUCAGUCAGACCGAAACACUGGCCAGGUAUGCGCCCGAAUUGUCGGAGUACGAAGCACAGUCUGCUGGAAGCGAUGGCAUGUCAUUGGGACCUUGGCUCUGUAGCGGCUUUAAGUGGUUCUCCUCAGCCACCGACAGUCAGAUGAUGAUGUUCCUCGCGCGGACACCGAAGGGCAUCUCAACCUUUAUGGCGCCCAUGCGGCGCAAGAUACCUGGUACAGAGGAGACGGAGCUCAACGGCAUUCAGAUCCAGAGAUUGAAGAACAAGCUGGGCACGAAAGCCCUUCCCACCGCAGAGCUUGUGCUCAAGGACGUUCGAGCCUACCUCGUCGGCGCCGAGGGACAGGGCGUCAAGGAGAUCGCUACUGUCUUGAACGUUGCCAGAGUGCACAAUGCUGUCUCCGCCAUUGGGUUCUGGGGCAGAGGACUUGGCAUCGCUCGAGCCUUUGCUCGUGUCAGAAAGGUUGGCCUGAAGCCGUUGUCCAGCAAGGCGGCUUACGUGCGGUCGCUCGCGAAGAUGCAUGUUGAGUACAAAGCCAACGUGCUGCUUUGCAUCUUCGUUGCCUCGCUGCUGGGAAUUGUCGAGCAGCCGCAGAUUGCUGCGUACAAUGAUGCAACAGGUCGGCCGCAGCAAAGGACCACUGUCGAAGGCACAGGAACGCUUCCGAAAGCUGCGGCGGCGGAGCACAUCUUCCGUCUCCUCACCCCAGUGUUGAAGGGCCUGACAGCGAAGUCAGCCAUCGCCGGGCUGGCAGAAUGCAUGGAGUGCAUGGGUGGCAUUGGCUACCUCGAGAACGACGAUGCACAGUACAACAUCGCUCGCCUAUACCGUGAUGUAAACGUCUGCAGCAUCUGGGAAGGGACGACUGAUAUGAUGGCCCACGAUGUCCUGCGUGUGGUCUUCGGAAAGACUGGCAAGGAGGUAAUGCCUGCCAUGGACGAGUGGGUGAGCUCUGGACUGCAGCAGGCAACGUCUUCCUUGCGGAAGCCGGCUGAGCAGGUGAUGACUCUGUGGGCGCAAUGGAAGAAGGAUAUGACAAGCAAAGAACGAGGUGAGCUAGAGUUGAGAUCAAGGGAGUUGAUGGAGAGGUUAGGAGAUGUAGUCAUGAGCACCCUGAUGAUCUUAGACGCCAGCCAGGACAUGGAUGAGACUGCCGUGUGUGCUUUCUCUGCAUGGAUGGACUUCAAGGGCAUUUCCGGACAUGCAGAUUCUGGGGACUGGCAGAAGCUUGUCGAAAGGAAUCAAGUUGUUGUUUUCGGACCCCAUGGACCGCAGGACGCUGGCGACACGAGAGCUAAACUCUAG